AUGAGAUCACAGUCAGCCGGUAAACAGCCUGCUCAGCUAAGAUCUAUAGAGCAGACUGAUAUAGAAUUUGAUAGUGCCUUGUUCGAACCUACAAACAAUGAAUCUGAUGAAGAUGAUGACCAUAUGGAGGCACCUCAUGUCUUAGAUAUUGAUGAUCUUCUUGCUGACGAUGAAGCCAGACAGUAA